CAUUUUUUUUUAAAAGUUUAAUUAAUUAACUAGUCAAUUAAUAGGCUUUAAACAAGAUAGUAAUAUUUAUGGUUGAUAUUAGAUUUCACAGUAUAAGCUUUAUGGUCCAACAAAGGCAUGGUCUUAAUUAGGCGUGCAACAUGGCGUGAGGCUGAGGUUAUCCUAACGUGGAUAGAGACAUUUUUUUUAUUAAUUAUAAGGUUAAAAACUGCUAAAAGCUAGAGACAAAAUACAUAUACUGUAUGUUAUUAAUCACCUUUUGGCUAAUAUUGUUGUCGAAGCCGAGGUUGAUGUUGAUGAUAGACAACAUUCCCAUUCCCAUUCCCAUUCCCUCCAUAUAAAUGAUGAUCAUAAUGAAGGUUCAAAAGCUAAGUUUUCUGCUCCUAAAGCACACAUACAUAGAUAUAUAGAGAGAGAGAGAAGCAGAGAGAGAGAGAGAGAGAGAGAGAGAGAGAGAGCUCUGAGCUCUCAUUUCUACCUUAUACAAAUCACAGUGCACUCCUUCUGUUGCAUGCUUGUUUAUGUGUAUUGGUGGGUAAUAAGAGAGCAAAUUGUAUUGGAUUAGAAUGGGAUUUGAGGAGGAGGAGGAGGCCAUAAUCAGAAGCUAUGAUGGGGAGGCCGAUAGAGCUCGAGUGGAAGAUCUUGAGAGAAGAUGCGAGGUAGGGCCAGCAGAACGCGUAUAUCUCUUCACAGACACUAUGGGUGACCCCAUAUGUAGAAUUCGCAACAGUCCGAUGUACAAGAUGCUGGUAGCGGAGUUGGACAGGGAAUUGAUUGGCGUCAUUCAAGGCUCUAUAAAGGUUGUCACGGUUCAUGGGCGUCCUAGGGAUCUAGCCAGGGUGGGCUACAUCUUAGGCCUACGGGUGGCACCAAUUCAUCGAAGAAAAGGGAUUGGGUCGAGGCUAGUGCGGCGGCUGGAGGAGUGGUUCAUUGCAAAAGAUGUGGAUCUUGCAUACAUGGCAACCGAGAAAAGCAACGACGCUUCGGUCAAUCUUUUCGUCGACAAGUUGGGGUACAUGAAAUUCAGGACACCGGCAAUCCUCGUAAACCCGGUUCACUGCCACCCAUUUCAUAUAGCAUCGAAUGUUGAGAUAGAGAAGAUCAAGGUAGAAGAAGCGGAAUUUCUUUACAGAAAAUUCAUGGCGUCGAUGGAGUUCUUCCCCAAUGACAUACACAAGGUGCUGAGGAACAAGCUGAGCUUGGGAACAUGGGUGGCAUAUCCGAGGGGGGAGUCAUUUGGGUGUGAUGGGCAGGUUCCGAGCAGUUGGGCCAUGCUUAGCGUGUGGAACAGUGGAGAACUGUUUAAGCUAAGGGUUGAGAAAGCGCCAUUAUCUUGUUUAUUAUACACAAAAAGCUCGAGAUUGAUGGACAAAUUUUUCCCCUGUUUCAAGCUUCCAUAUCUGCCCGACUUUUUCCACCCAUUUGGAUUCUAUUUCAUGUACGGGUUGCACAGGGAUGGACCGUUGUCGGGAAAGCUUGUGAGGAGGUUGUGCAAAUUCGUGCACAACAUGGCUGCAAAGGCUAACAAGGACUGCAAGAUUAUUGUAACAGAAGUUGCAGGACACGACACGCUGAGACAUCACAUCCCGCACUGGAAAUUGCUCUCAUGCCUCGAGGAUUUGUGGUGCAUCAAGGCCUUGAAAAACGAAGCCCAUGAAUUGACAAAAACCCCACCACAAAGAGCUCUUUUUGUAGACCCCAGGGAGGUAUGAAACCCCAAAACAAA